ACAGCUUCACUGAAACUUGCCACACGAAAUCAUCUUUAAGUUGCUCUCCAUUGCUCUUCUACAGACAAGGUGCUGAUAUCCUGUCACAAUUCGAGUCGACCUGGAGCCAGCAGUCUGCCGGGGGUUAAGGACCGACCCCCGUUUCCCUCCCCCUAAGCUUGACCAGCCGUGUAGCCCGAUCUGCGCCUCUCGUUCAUCAGCAUGACAAAGCACUGGGGGGGUCAGGGCUUGCUGGCACCACUCGCUAUUCCCUACCUGCCAUCAUCAGGAUUGGCAGCCCAUCGCGGCCAUCCACUUGACUUCACCUUUGUUGAAAGGAGUGGUCACAACAAUGCCACUCAGAGUCAUCCACAGAGCAACGUAGCGCGGAGCUCGUCAUUCCAAGACUGGCGAAGAAACCCAAACUUUUCGCCGGUGCUGAAGCGAGGAACUCUUGCAGAAAAGCCUACCCCAGCACCAUUGACCAGGGCCGCUGUGCCCAUGGAUACGGAUAUAUUAAAUGACCCUGCAUCUGGAUACUACGCAGAGGCCACGCAGGCCAAAAUGGAACCACCGGCCAAGCAGCAACACCAGACUGGUCUGGGCAAUUCAUGGGAACAUGAUGGGAAUUCCAAUGGAGGCAAAAAGAAGAAUUAUCAACGUUACCCAAAGCCACCAUAUUCGUAUCUCGCCAUGAUUGCAAUGGUUAUUCAGAAUUCUCCAGAGAAAAGGCUGACUCUGUCAGAGAUCCUGAAGGAGAUCAGCACACUAUUUCCAUUCUUCAAAGGAAAUUACAAAGGCUGGAGGGACUCUGUCCGACAUAACCUCUCUUCAUAUGACUGCUUUGUUAAGGUGCUCAAGGACCCUGGAAAGCCUCAAGGGAAGGGAAAUUUCUGGACUGUGGAGGUGAGCCGAGUUCCUCUCGAACUCCUGAAGCGCCAAAAUACCGCUGUAUCACGCCAGGAUGAGACCAUCUUUGCCCAGGACCUCGCCCCUUACAUACUUCAUGGGCACCCUCACACCCAAAAGCUUGAUGCUGAGCAGCCCACCCCUCCCCUGCCCCCUGUUCCCAGCGGGCAUAGCUCCCCUCCCACCGAGGACCUGUACCGCCCCAAACUGGACUCAUCCUUCGCCAUCGACUCCCUCCUGCACAGCUUUCGGCCCCCCAGCCUCACGGGAGUGGAGGGGCUCCGGAGCCGAGAGGGCUGGGGGUUGGAGCCGCCAAACCCGCCCGUGCACCACCACCCAGUCUCCCCACCCGGUCUGCGUUACUCCUCCUCCACCCGCAGCGCCUCGGCCAGCUCGGCCAGCCCCGCGUCUUCCUCUUCCGACGACGACUGGAGGGGCGCCCCCCGCCGCAGGAAGAGGGCCAAUGAGAGCGAAGCGGGCUCCGACGGGUGCGACGACUCCUGCCCGCCCAACAAGUCGCUGCGGCGAGGCAGCGCAGCUCCCUGGGAGCUUCCCACCUCCUAUGCUAAGUACACACCUCCUAAUGCCGUGGCCCCGCCGAGCAUGCGCUUCAACGGCGGGCCCUUUGUGCCUUUGGGUGGACUGCCUUUCUAUGGGUACGGGGGCCCCCCGGUUCCGUCGGGUCACUUUGUCAGCCACAGCUACUGGCCCAUCCUUCCCAGUGGGCACGUUUCGCUCCAAGGUCCACCUCUGCUCAUGGACUUGGAUAGCAUGCUGCAAUCAGUACCACCCAAUAAAAGCGUGUUUGAUGUUCUCGGCCCAGCCAAUCAGACGCAACACCCCCCACCAAACCAGUACGCCCUCCAGAAUGGCCCCCCGCUUACACGAUAUCAUCAGUAUUAAGACUUUAAAGUCCCCUUUUCUCCCUGCCAAAGAAGACAUAUCACUCAGUAGGCGUGGUCUAACAGUAGUCUGUUUACAACCCUCAGCUUUAAGGCUUCAGGGAAAGUGGCUUCCAAACUACCAGUGAUUGCUACCUCAUAUGAACUCAUUACUGACCAAAGACUUUGCACUGCUAGUUUGCACUAUUUUAUCCUUUUUGUUUAAUAUGAAUGUUUUUUUUUUAAUGAAACGUUUUAUAAAUGUUACCAACGUCAAAUAUUGUAGAACCAUUCCAGGUGUUCGUGAUAGUAUUUUUAUUCUUGUUUAAAUUGGUGGCCACUAUGUAAGGCUGAAAAUGUAACAAAUGAGGUCUAAAAUGAAAUCAAAGUACAGGGUGUUCACAGGUCUUUUCCUUUUCUUGCUGUAACUCUGUCAGUGACCCUAAAUAAGUGUGUGUGUGUGUGUGUGUGUGUGUGCGUGUCUGUGGUGAGAUAUUUACAAAAUGCCAGUGUUUACAUUCUAUUUUACUCUAUGCCUUAAUCUACAAAUCAGUGUUGAGAAUGUAUGUGAUAACUAAAGUUAUCCCACAAAUAACAAGGCAUAUUAUACAGGGUAUGUUACAUGAAUACUUCCAUUUCAAAUGUUAUACAUACAGUACAAUCUUUCAUACCAGAGUGUUACCUCUGUGGAAUUGCAUAAGAAGUGCAAGGUUGUUCAGUAUGGAGUGAUGAAACCCUCGAUUUGAAUUGCACCAACCCCACCCCCAACUGUGAAUGUCCAUCCUGUUGUAUCAGCCAAUGUGGGAGGAUGGACUUAAGUGUCAGGGAUGGGGGUGUAGAAAAGUGCCUUAUUUACAAUUCACUGGAAAUGUGUUUCUUUUAACCUCACUGAAAUGGCUUGAACAACAUAAUGGCAUUUUGAAUGUAAUAACUUCUGCCUGGAAAGAUUCAGGAUAAUACUGUGAAAGAUGUUUUUAUUAUGUAUUUGUUCUUUUUCCUUCGCACAAAAAUAGAUUAUUUUUUUCAUAAUGCCUUUGCUUUGUUGUUCAUCUCUGCCUUUGUUGGAUUCCUGUGAUCUGGGCAGUUUCCCCCACUCUAAGCUUCACAUGUGGUGUUGGCUGGUUCCCAUCUGAGGACAGCACCUCUGAUCACUGAUCCAUUCAAACAGAUUUUUAUCUCCCUCAUUCUCGCUAGUCCAUGGUAGGCUGGUACUGGUCAAGCAGACCUCCUGCUGCCAUCUCUGACAUGACCCACGACUUUAAAACCAGCCAUCCAUGCCCAAGACCCCUUCUGCUUCACCAACAUCACCCCAGAACAGCACUCCCCCCUGGGGUGACAAGGGCCAUAACUCAGGGCCUCCGACAGGGUUUCCUUAUCUUGUCCUCAGUACAGACACUUUUUAUUAAUCCUGAACGCUCGCUCUACAUAGCACUGUAAAAGCAGUGGAAAGGUCCUUUAAAAAAUAUUGAGAUUGAUGGAAUCUAUCUGAUUCAUUAAUAAGUAAAUGUUAUAAAACAAUAUAACUUGCAGAUAUUAGCUUUGCACAAGACUAUAAGACUACAAAGUCUCAGUUUUCCUGCACUGUAAUGACAGUAAGAAAGGUCUUCACACUGGUAAUUUUAUAUAAUUUUUUAUUUCCCCACCAAAAGGCAUCUAUACCGCUGGCUUUUCUGGAACACUGAACAACACUUGAAGAUAUGUUGAAACUCAACUCUACCAGAGACAAGCAAUGUUUA